AUGGUAGACAGAUCCCAAAUACUCAAACUCUACAAAAACCUACUCCAGAAAGCCCACGGUUUCGACAACUACAACUUUCGAGAAUACGCCAAGAGGCGCACAGUAGACAUGUUCAAACAACAUAAAUCACUAACGAACCCCGACGAGAUUGCCAAGUUUUACAACGAAGGGAUCGACAAUUUGGCGUUGUUGACGCGGCAGACUGCCAUUUCGCAGAUGUACACUUUUGACAAGUUGGUGGUGGAGUCCUUGAAGAGACACCAAUGA